GAAAGUAAGUGCCGAGUCUCUACUGUGACGGACCAAGAAGUUUGGCUGCAUUAGAGGUUCGUGUUCGGAAAAGGCAGAAAGAAACAAGCACGAAUGACUAUCAACUGUUGUUAAACAUUACAUGAUAAUCUGUAAAAGACAACAGGGGGGAUAACUCACCGAGAUCAGAUUAUUGAAUGAGAGGCCAAACACCUUCGACAGUAGCUUCUAGCUCGGUGCUAUCUGGAACCAAGACAGCGCAAAUUACAACGGAAAGUCACUUUUAUUAAAAGACUCGGUGCUGUGGGAUUUCAGCCGAACUUCAACCUGGGAUGGACGACCUAACAGUACUGGAGCCUUGGAUCUGAUUCGUAUAAGGACUGACAGCGGUUUUUCAGUGUUCAGAUGUGGCUGUUGGGACUGGAGACGGGAGACGUGUCACUGAUAAAGCGGCUGAAGUUGAAGUUAGAGCCCCAACGCUGACAGACAUUUAUUCAUCAGCCCAGUCCAAAAGUCCAGUCAGCACAUAACCCGGACCUGUAGGGUUUCUUAUUCACCUUUAACUUCACUGCCUGGCGAAUUUAACACUUCUUAACCCUCCCCUGGUGAGGGUAGGACGUGUUUUGUCAACAUGGGUUCGUUGUUUCGGAGUGAGGAGAUGUGUCUGGCCCAACUCUUUCUGCAGUCCGGAUCCGCUUAUGACUGUAUCAGUGAACUGGGCGAACUGGGGCUGCUGGAGUUCAGAGACCUCAACCCAAGUGUGAACUCUUUUCAGCGCAAGUUUGUCAAUGAAAUCAAGAAAUGUGAAGAGAUGGAGAGGAUUCUAGGAUAUCUUCUGAGGGAAAUUAAAAAAGAAGACAUCCCACUGCCAGAAGGCGAGGUGAACCCAGCUGCACCAUUACCCAAACAUGUGAUGGUCAUAAUGGAGCAACUUCAGAGACUGGAACUAGAGUUGAGUGAGGUCACCAGGAACAAGGAGAAACUUCAGAAGAACCUUCUAGAACUGACUGAGUACACGCAUAUGCUGCGCAUCACACGCAACUUUGUGCACCACAGUGUAGAGAGGGAGUCGACACAGGCCCAGUAUGAAGAGUUUCCGUUUCUAGAGAAAGAACCUGUGAUGGACUACACCAGCAUGCAGAGGCUUGGAGCCAAGCUUGGGUUCAUUUCUGGGCUCAUCCAGAGCGUAAAAAUCGAGGCAUUUGAGCGAAUGCUUUGGAGAGUGUGUAAGGGCUACACCAUCCUCAGCUACUCUGAAGUAGACGAGCUUCUGGGUGACCCUGAUUCGGGGGAGCCAACCAGGAAUGUGGUCUUCCUUAUCUCCUACUGGGGAGAUCAGAUUGGACAGAAAGUUAAGAAGAUAUGUGACUGUUACCACUGUCACCUGUACCCGUACCCCAACAGUAACGAGGAGAGAACAGAUGUGGUGGAGGGGCUUCGCACACGUAUUCAGGACUUGCACACGGUUCUUUACCGCACUGAGGAUUACCUGAGGCAGGUGUUGAUCAAGGCCUCAGAGUCUGUGUACAUUUGGGUAAUCCAGGUUAAGAAAAUGAAGGCCAUAUACCACAUCCUCAACCUCUGCAGUUUCGAUGUCACAAACAAGUGCCACAUAGCUGAGGGGUGGUGUCCUGUAAACGAUCUGCCUGCUCUUCGGAGAGCGCUAGAUGAUGGAUCGAGGAAGAGUGGAGCCACAGUUCCGUCAUUUGUCAAUCGUAUCCCAAGCAGUGACACUCCACCGACCCUCAUACGCACCAACAAGUUUACCUCAGGCUUUCAGAAUAUAGUGGACGCUUACGGCGUGGGCAGCUACAGAGAGGUCAACCCAGCUCCAUAUACAAUCAUUACCUUUCCCUUCCUGUUUGCCGUGAUGUUUGGAGACCUCGGGCACGGCAUCAUCAUGGCACUGUUUGCUCUGUGGAUGGUUCUCUAUGAGAAUGACCGCAAACUGAAGAGAACCAGGAAUGAGAUCUUGAACAUUUUUUUCGAGGGCCGCUACAUCAUCCUGUUGAUGGGCAUAUUUUCAGUCUACACCGGAUUAAUAUACAAUGACUGCUUCUCCAAAUCACUCAACCUGUUCGGCUCGGGAUGGAAUGUCAGUGCCAUGUUCAAACAUGGAGACUGGAAUUUGAGCACUGUCAGCUCAAAUCGCUUACUUGCACUGAAUCCAAACAUCACAGGAGUCUUUAAAGGGCCAUAUCCUGUGGGAAUAGACCCGAUCUGGAACCUGGCAUCAAACCGUCUCACCUUCCUGAACUCCUAUAAGAUGAAGAUGUCUGUGAUUGUAGGAAUAAUCCACAUGACUUUUGGAGUCGUCCUUGGCGUUUUCAAUCACCUGCACUUCAGACGGACAUAUAAUCUGUACCUGAUAUUUAUUCCUGAGCUUCUCUUCCUGCUGUGUCUCUUCGGCUAUCUGGUCUUCAUGAUCGUCUAUAAGUGGCUGUUUUUCACAGUCCGAGACUCUCAGACAGCUCCCAGCAUCCUCAUCCACUUUAUCAACAUGUUCCUGAUGCAGGGGGACUCUAACCGACCUCUUUUCCCGGGACAGGCCGGGCUUCAAGUGUUCCUGGUGAUUGUGGCCGUGUUCUCUGUGCCUGUGUUAUUAUUGGGAAAACCUCUCUACCUCUACUGGCAACACAAGGGCAGAGACCGCCUGAACAUGUACAGGGGGUAUCAGCGUGUACGACGGAACAGUGAGGAGGAGCUCUCUCUCAUGCAAGUUCAUGAUAUGGAGGAAGGCAGCAGUCUGGACAGCCACUCCUCCAGCUCUGACAGCCAAUCAGAGGAGCUUGAUUUUGCAGAUCUGUUCCUCAAUCAGUCCAUCCACACUAUAGAGUACUGUCUGGGCUGCAUCUCUAACACUGCGUCUUACCUCCGCCUGUGGGCUCUCAGCCUGGCACAUGCCCAGCUCUCUGAAGUAUUGUGGGCGAUGGUGAUGCGGGACGGCCUACGUGUGGACACCAGUUGGGGUGUUGUGCUCCUGGUGCCUGCUUUUGGUCUGUUUGCUGUCCUCACUGUGUCCAUCCUGCUGGUGAUGGAGGGACUUUCAGCCUUCCUUCAUGCUCUCAGACUCCACUGGGUGGAGUUUCAAAAUAAGUUCUACAGCGGCGCUGGCGUCAAGUUUGUACCGUUUGCCUUCUCUCUCAUGCACAGCAGCUUUGAAAACGAAGGGCUGUUAUGAAUUGCGGGACGCUAAAGACAAGACCUGAGCGGAUCUGUGAGCUUAAUUUUUAACAGAUUUAUAUACAGUGAUGUUGCACUACAUGCCAAACUGGCCCAACCAAAUACUCUUUCCGUAUUAUAUAUAUGUUCCAUAUCAGCAUUGGCACACUGAGCCACAUCAGAUGCUCUGCUGCAACCAUCAACUCAAACACUGAGGUAAAGCAAAGACAAAGUCUCUGGACUGUAAAUAGGACUCUUGAGUGCUUUAGAUCUCUUGAAUGUAUUGUCAGCUCUUCACAAAAGUGCAGUUUUGGAAUAUCAUUUUUCUACCAUGUUGCCUGUUGGCUGUGCAGAGAUGCUCAUUUCUCCAUAGCUGAGCACAUUCCUUGAGUGACAUUAGGAUUUCAUUUUCAUCCUGCUUUUUUCAUCCUCCAGUGUUGAAACAUGAUUCUGGCUCAUGAAGGUCAUUGAUCUAGUGCUGUGAAGAU